UGUCUGCAGAAAGCACUGAACAACGAUUUGGGCCCAAACUGGAGGGACAAGCUGGAAAUGUUUGAGGAGCGCCCUUUUGCGGCAGCGUCCAUCGGGCAGGUUCACCUUGCACGGAUGAAGGAUGGCAGGGAGGUGGCCAUGAAAAUACAGUAUCCUGGUGUGGCUCAGAGUAUCAACAGUGAUGUCAACAAUUUGAUGACGGUGCUGAAUAUGAGCAAUGCCCUGCCUGAAGGUCUGUUUCCAGAGCACCUGAUAGAUGUCAUGAGAAAAGAGCUAGCCCUGGAGUGUGACUAUAUUAGAGAAGCCCAGUGUGCAAGGAAGUUCAGGGAGCUGUUAAAGGACCAUCCGUUCUUCUACGUACCAGAGGUGAUAGACGAGCUGAGCAGCCGCCAUGUUCUCACUACUGAACUCGUUCCUGGGUUUCCCCUGGACAAAGCCGAGAACCUCUCUCAGGAGCUGAAGAACGAGAUCUGCCUCAACAUCUUGACUCUGUGCAUCAGAGAGCUGUUCGAGUUCAGGUACAUGCAGACCGACCCAAACUGGUCCAACUUCUUCUAUGAUCCACAGACGCACAGGGUGGCGCUGUUGGACUUUGGAGCCACGAGAGGAUUUGAUCAAUGUUUCACUGACGUCUACAUAGAGAUAAUUCGUUCAGCUGCCCAGGGCAACAGGGAGGGAGUACUAAAGAAAUCUAUCGAGAUGAAGUUCCUGACCGGUUACGAGUCCAAGGCAAUGGUGAAUGCCCACGUGGAUGCAGUGAUGAUCCUCGGCGAGGCUUUUGCCUCCUCGGAGCCCUUCGACUUCGGUUCCCAGUCCACCACCGAGAGGAUCCACAACCUCAUCCCCGUGAUGCUCAAACACCGACUCACCCCGCCCCCCGAGGAGACGUACUCGCUCCACCGUAAGAUGGGCGGCUCGUUCCUCAUCUGCUCCCGGUUAAAUGCUCAGCUGCAGUGCAGGGAGAUGUUCGAAAUGUCGUAUCAGAAGUACUGGGAAGGCCGCACGCCACCGUCUGACUCGGCAUAAAACCAAUCAGUGUUUGGAAUUAUGAUGGACUGGAUGGGGGGAGGGGGGCCAACAGAAAAGUGCCCAUAGAUACCAAAACGGAGGAAGGAAACGGUCGUCGAGUUCCAGCGUGUUGGGCAUCCAAUGAAAAGACCCGCAUACAUAUCAACACCCAUCAUUUUUGGUUUGAAAGAGGGAGCAGCAACACGGUGUGCGUGUUGCGUUUAAGGCCAGAAGAAAAAAAGCUGUAAGAGACAAGAGUGAAGGAGAGAAGCAGCCUUGUUUUAGGUGUAAACUGAGUGUAAAAGGUUGAAUUUGCAUCUCUUGAUGAUUUCACGAUGAUUCUUGCAUCUUAUGUUGCUGUGUUUUGUUGAGCUUUGGGAUAAACUGUAAAGUUUGCUCUUUACCGUAAAUGUCACAACAUUGCAUUGCGUUAACUAAGCUCUAAUUUUAGGCCAGAAUAACAAUGCAGGUAUUUCUGCUUCUUUUUUAAAAAAAACACAUUUAAUAAUUAGAUAUUAUGGCUAUAAAUAAUAGGUAUUGGUCUAAAAGCAGACUGCAGAAAAUUACAGUCUUUUUUUAUAAAAUAAAAAUAGAGAUGAUGAGAAUUAUUCAAGCAUUUUGUUUUGUUUUUUGUUUUUUUUAAAGGGGGUGACAAAGUGAUAUUUCUCAGCACUUACACACAAGAAUGUGUGACUUUAGCAUAUGUAUAUGUAGUAUACAGGAUCUUGUGUAUUAUUGCAGCCAGACAGUACUAAAUGAUGUUGUUUAUAGCUUGUAGCUUCUAAGGGAAAUUGUUUUGGGCAUGAGAUUAAGUCAAGCUUAAUUCACAGGAGGAUGAAAGUCUCUAAAUUUAAAUAGGUUCUGUCCUCUUAUUGGGUUUUAAACAGUGUUCAUAUGGACUAACUAGCCAAGUUAGCAUCAUUGUUGCUCAAAAUUUAAAUUCUGUCAGACAUAAUUCAGAUUUCCUGAAUCUGAAUUGUUCUUUUUCCU